UAGACCGUAGAAGAAGAAGAAGUGUUUCCGGUUCGGCCUGUCGGGUCUCCGCUGGGUUUCUGUGGAAACUUGAAUCUUCUCUGAGCUGAGCUGCUCCGGAACAUUGGACCGACCUCUCUCUCUCUCUCACACACACACACAGCCGCUCAACGUGCAGAUGUCGUCUGGACUCCUGGAGCCUCCUGAAGGAGGCGAGCAGCUCUGUGUCUUCCUGCUGAGACACGAGGAGGCGGAGGGAACGAGGAGGGAGGUGGGCUGCCAGUGGGAGAGUCCAGAGGAGGAGAGGAGGGAGGUGGGCUGUCAGAGCGACUCAGCAGAGAGGAGAGACGCUGCUGUCCAGGUGGACCUGCUGAGUCAGCAGCUCAGCUGGAGACACACAGGUUCAUCUGCAAUGCUGCUGCAGUGUUUUGCGGUCAGACCUGAUGGACCAGACGGUGGCGCUCUGCUGCAGCACUGCACGCCCAACCGGACCAGAACCAGAACCAUCAAACCCACCAUCAAACCUACUCAGUCCAGGUCCCAGAGGAGACCACCUCUUCAGAGCAGGACACAGAACACCACCAAACAGAGUCCAGCUCAACACCGUCACCGCCGUGUGUCACCUGUUACUGACCACCAACCGGAGGAGGAGGAGGAGGAGGGGGAGGAGGGGGAGGUGGUGGAGGAGGACACAGGUGAUCCCACCUGGACUCCACCUGAAGGAGAUGUCGACUCUCAUCCGUGUCCCUCGGCUGUCGAGGAUGUCCAGCUGGACUCGGACUCCCAGCAUUUACCUCUGGGUGCGGUGAAACUGGAGCCCGAAACCACCAUGUGUGAUGUCUGUGGUAAAGUGAUGAAGAAUAAGUCGAGUCUGGUGCGACACUCCUUCAUCCACACGGGGAAAAAGCCAUUCGCCUGCCACCUGUGCGAGCUGCGCUUCAACCGCCGCGACAAUCUGCAGCACCACCUGAACCGGCUGCACCCCAACGGCAUCGCCAAGCUGGAGAAGCAGCGCGAGGUGCAGACGUGGCUGUGUGCGGUCUGCGGGAAAACCUUCAGCUGCAGGUCCCGCCUCAAAACACACGAGGUCAUCCACUCAGGAGUGAAACCCUUCCACUGCGACCUCUGCCCCAAAGCUUACAUGAGGACCAAUGACCUGGAGCACCACAAGAAGAUCGCCCACGUCCACGGCGCUGCAGAGUCUCAGCGCUCCAGCUUGCUGCUCUGCGACUUCUGUGGCAAAGAGUUCAAAUGCAAGUCGCAGCUUGCAGUCCACUUCCAGACGCACACUGGCGAGCGGCCGCACCUCUGCGACAUCUGCGGACGCAAGUUUGGCCGUCAGUACCAGCUCAAACGCCACAAGAUCCUGGUCCAUGCCAACCGGGUGAACAGCGAGGAAAACCUGUCACCUGAUGCGCUGUUUGCCUGCGCCAUCUGUGGGAAGCGUCUGAAAUCUGAAGCGAUGCUCACUGCUCACUCUCGUAUCCACUCAGGCGACAAACCUCACCGCUGCAGCAUCUGUCUGCGUAGCUUCCAGCGUGCCACCUGCCUGAAGCAGCACCAUGUACGGGUUCACCUCAGGGUCAGAGUCAACGAGGCGCCACACGCCAUCGGACGCAGGAAGAGCUCUGCGUCGGCGAAGGAGUUUCCGUGUCCAAUCUGUGGAAAAGUUUUCAAAUUCAAGUCUCUGCUGGCCAGCCACUCUCUGACCCACAGCGAGGUGCGGCCAUACGACUGCGACUUCUGCAGCCGCAGCUUCAGACGCCUCAGCCACCUGAAGAGACACCGCGAGGUCGUCCACGCUAACGGAGAGCGCCUGCCGCAGAGCUUUGUCUGCCACAUCUGUGGCAAAGACAAGAAGUGCCGUUCGCAGCUCGCCCGACAUGUCAUCAUUCACACCGGAGAGCGGCCGUUCGCCUGUGACCUCUGCUCUGCCCGUUUCAACCGCAGUGGGAACCUCAAGCAGCACAGGAAGCGUAUGCACGGUGUGGGGGCGGGGCCUCAUGAGGAAGGCCCACCCAUCCUGCUUGAUGAUGACAUGAUGCCCGCUCUGACUUACAAACAGGAAGAGACGGUGGUGGCUGUCGACGCUGCAGGGGAUGGCUGUAGGGCGGUGGUGAGCGACGAUGCGGACGCCGUUCAGCCGCUCGCCACCACCUGAACGGAAAUACAUCAUCUGAACUGUAGUAACGAACAGAUCGUCUGUCCUCCUGCUACUUUGUUUGAACAAGUUUGUGACUGAGAGCCGGUCAGAUGGUGUGAAUGCAAACUGAACGUGAAGAACUGAAACCGACCCGAGGGGACAGGAUUGGCUGAUAUUUAGUCGGACAGAUGGAGAAUGUUGCGGGAACGUUGAGGAACCACCUGACAGCCUUCAGAAGGUUCUGCAAACAUUUAGAAUUGGUGAAACGAGUUGUGUAUUGAUGCUUUGAUCGAAAUGUGAAACAGAUUCUCAGUUUAAAGGAGAAUUAAAACGUCGACUUCACAAA